GGUGACGUCACCCUGUGGUUUUUGCCGUGGCGUUUUGGAGCUGAUGUUACAAGCGAUGACUGGAGCUGCAUGUUGUUGGUUAACAACUUGUUAACUGAUGAUCACAUAUGUAAAAUAUGGACAAACAAGACGCGUUUCUAUAGACGAACACGGGGGUUUACUCGCUGAGAGUCCACGCAGACGUCCGUCCUCGGUUUGUUGAAAUGAUCCACAUGAGAACAAUAAAUGUAUCAUUUCCUGCCGUGACGUACCGACACUAGUGUUUCACUGUUUCAGUAAAACUUCACACUGUGGAUCCGCGCUCCCUGCCCUGUGCGCGCUCCCGACGCAGGGGAUGGGGGGAUACCCUAGCUUGGCACGGCAGGUUAAAGGCUGUUUCUACACUCGCUUCUAUAGUUACAAGGCAGACGUGUGUUGCUUGUGUAUUGGACAUGUUGACAUAGACAGCAUAUUGUGAGUAAACAGUGAAACCGGUUUGUGGAGGCUCCUCCCUUCAGGUGCAAUGCUGUCCGACAGGUUUAUUGUUUCCUGAUCGUCUCAGCGCAAUAAAGUGCGCAAUGAAGUGGAGUAACUACUAGCUCUGUUUUUGGUGAAACCAAGAGAAAUACGUUUGUUUUUCUUCAAGAAAGCUUUGACAGAUGGAACAAACUGGAGCCAAAUGGAGCAGCUGUGUUGGACAGUUUUGUGCUUCGACAGCCGCGUUAUUGUUGCUGUGGAUGAACGGACUGUCCCUCGUGCAGAUGGCCCACUGCUCCGUCAUAUACAGACACCAACCAGUGACAGUGAACUACACCCUGUAGGAGAUCCAGUGUUGGUGGAUGAGACAGAAGCUGCAUCCUUCCUGUCCCGUUCACUGCUCUAUAACAGCUGGGACUUUGAGCUGGUUGUGCCUGGUGAUGUGGAGAGGGAGUGCAUGGAAGAGAUUUGCAACUACGAGGAAGCCAGAGAGAUUUUUGAGGACACUGCGAAGACGGAAAAAUUUUGGAAAACGUACACCAAUCAAGGUAGUGCAAACAGACUGGACGUGUCAGGUCUGGUGGCAGGGAUCCUGGCUGUACUAGUGUCUGCUGUAAUUGCCACGGUGCUGGGAGUGUACUGCUACAAAGCCAAGAAAAAGGGUGCACGGAGGUCUGGCCGACCUCCAGUACAAAUUGCAGUAGAUGGGCAUACAUCAGCUCCGGAGACGGUGCCCCUAGGUGGGAUCACUGCACCCGGUCUGCCUAGCUACAACGAUGCCCUGAACCACAGUGGGCAGCACGAUGCUCCACCACCACCAUAUUCAGGGUAAGUGGAAGGCAAAGCGUGCACACACAAGGAACACUGGAAAGACUGACUACCAAGAGUACUAAGACAUUCUGGUGAGAGAAGCACAACACAUGUUGUGUAUUUAUACACGGGAAGGUGACUAAUUGGAAACAGGUGUAACAAAUUCAACACAAGUGAAACUGAUUGAGUAAAGACACAAUUACAAAGAAGGGAAAGCAAGCAGGUUGCAGAUGAGUGUUUAAUUUAACUGUCAAAUGUACUCAUGUUUGCAGUAAAUGAAAUGGCAUACAAAUUUGAAAUAUUUGUAUAGAUAUUGGCACUUGGUGUCCCAGGCAAUGUCUAAAAAACUUUGGUCCACUUAUCUAGAAGAUGAAGAACAUGGAACCAUCCAUAUAUGCACUACACUGAUUAUAGUAUGAUAAUCAAUGACAAUCAUGAUGCGAGAAAGUCUAUAUGAGUGGUGUAAAGUGGUGUAUGCAGUGGUGUUUGCAAGUGUAUGGUAUGUGUUGUAUGUGCACAUCGAAAAUGAAAUGAUACUUCAAACAAUACCAAAUGUGUGUGAUGGCAUGAAGAAAGCAAUCACACAUUCACUUCAAUUCAAUCCAAUUUUAUUUAUACAGCUCAAAAUCACAACAACAGUCAUAUUGUGCAGUAGAUCCUACAACAAUACAUACAGAGAAAAACCCAACAAUCAUAUGACCCCCUAUGAGCAGCACUUUGGCGACAGUGGGAAGGAAAAACUCCCUUUUAACAGGAAGAA